UUCCCAGACUAAGGUCUAGGGUUGGUCAAACACUUUUUUUUUUUUUCCAGAGUAAUUUUUCAGAGAAAUUCGGAGAAGGAAGUCUUGAGCUAGAACCCAAGUAAAAAUGCUGUGAAGAAUGGUAAUGUCCCUCUGGGAUAGCAUCUGCAACAUGACCCAAGACAGAGAACCCAUCGUGAGGAGUUUCCACUUUGUUUGCACUCUGGCCUUAGUAGUCGGAAGCAUGACCCAGUUCUCCGAUGAACGUGAGUCUAUAGUAGACUAUUCAAAUAGUAACCUUAUUCAUGUCCCCAAAGACCUGCCACCAAGAGCAAAAGCCUUGAGUCUGUCUCAGAACUCUAUAUCUGAGCUGCGGAUGUCUGAUAUCAGCUUUCUGUCAGAGUUGAGAGUUCUGACACUUUCCCACAACAGGAUACGGACACUUGAUUUUGGCGUCUUCUUAUUCAAUCAGGAUUUAGAAUACCUGGAUGUCUCGCACAAUUGGUUGCAAAACAUCUCUUGUUGCCCUGUGGCAAACUUGAAGCAUCUAGACCUCUCAUUCAAUGACUUUGAUGUGCUUCCCAUGUGUAAGGAAUUUGGCAACUUGACGCAACUGAGUUUCUUGGGAUUAAGUGCUGCAAAGUUCCAACAACUGGAUCUGCUCCCAAUUGCUCACUUGCACCUAAGCUACAUUCUUCUGGACUUAGUGCGUUAUCACAUAAAAGAUGGUGAAACAGAAAGCCUUCAGGUUCCGAAUACCAAUGUUCUCCACUUGGUCUUUCAUCCAAAUAGCAUGUUCUCGGUGCAAGUGAACAUAUCUGUUAAAGUCUUAGGAUGUUUACAACUGAGUAAUAUUAAAUUGAAUGAUGAAAACUGUCAAAGGUUGAUAGCAUUUCUAUCCGAACUCACCAGAGGUCCAGCCUUCUUGAAUCUGACCCUUCAGCACAUAGAAACAACCUGGAAGUGUGUGGUUAAACUUUUCCAAUUCCUUUGGCCACGACCGGUGGAGUACCUCAAUAUUUACAACUUAACGAUAACUGAGAAGAUCGACAUGGAAAACUUUGUUUACUUGGAGACAGCACUGAAGUCACUGAAGAUAGAGCAUGUCACGAACCAAGUGUUCAUCUUUUCAAAGGACGCGUUAUACUCUGUGUUUGCCGAGAUGAACAUCAGGAUGCUCACCAUCUCAGACACCCCUUUCAUCCACAUGAUGUGCCCUCCGUUCCCAAGCACAUUUAUGUUUCUGAACUUUACCCAGAAUGUUCUCACUGAUAGUGUUUUUCAAGGCUGUUCCACCUUAAAGAGAUUGGAGACACUUAUCUUACAAAGGAAUGGUUUGAAGAACCUUUUAAAGGUAGCUCUCAUGACUAAGAAUAUGUCCUCUCUGGAAACUCUGGAUGUUAGUUUGAAUUCUUUGAACUCUCGGGCAUAUGACAGAACAUGCCCUUGGGCUGAGAGCAUAUCAGUGUUGAAUUUGUCUUCGAAUAUACUUACAGACUCUGUCUUCAGAUGCUUACCUCCCAAGGUCGAGGUCCUUGACCUUCACAACAACAGGAUAAUGAGCAUCCCUAAAGAUGUCACCCGCUUGCAAGCUUUACAGGAACUCAAUGUAGCAUCCAAUUCUUUGACUGACCUUCCUGGAUGCGGGAGUGAGUGGUGCCAUUAUGAACUCUACUUUGCCCAUCACAAUCUCUUCCACGAAGGCUCUGAUAACUUAAUCCUGAUCUUGCUGGAACCCAUCCCACAGAACAACAUUCCCAGUAGAUACCACAAGCUGCGGGCUCUCAUGGCCCAGAGGACUUACUUAGAAUGGCCUACUGAGAAGGGCAAGCGUGGGCUGUUCUGGGCCAACCUUAGAGCUUCGUUUAUUAUGAAGUUAACCUUAGUCAAUGAGGAUGAUGAUGUGAAAACUUGAAGCUUAGGUUUCCAACUUAAUAAACUGUCAACCUGGACUCCGAUGAGCAUUGUGGCUUCAAGUUCCUACCUGCAGGGACUUCUGUUGUGGUGUCUUAGUUUGCUCUCUGUGCUUAUGAUAAACAGCAUGUUUAGAAGUAGUAUAUGAAAGGUACUCACUACAUUAAUGAACUUGCCCACUGCUGAGUUCACAGCUGAACGGACAAUUAGGAUGGGACCCUGAUUAGAGGAAGCUGGUUACUGGGGGCAUGUCUUUGAAGGCUGUAUUUUUUUUUUAAGGCUCAUUUUUCUUGUUCUUAUGUCAGGGUCUCACCAUAUCUUGUUCAGAUUGUCCCUGAGCUCCAAGUAACCCUUCUGCCUCAGCCACCCACGUGCUGCGAUUACAGGGAUGAACCACCACAAUUAGCUUAAGAGUGCCCUCCUACCCCCUACCCCCCGACCCCUUUCUCAGUUUCCCUAUCACCACGAGGUGAACAACCCUUCCAUCACAUGCCCUCAAUACCAUGAUACAAUCAUGGCCUCAGGUCCCAGAGUCAGGAAUUCAGGACUCAGACUGAAACCAUGAUGGUUUUCUCCUUUGUCUGGAUCAGGCCUUCCCUUAUGGCUGUGCAAAGUUGAUGGUUCUGGCCUCUGGUUCCUCCAUAUCUUUGACAGAGACUAGGUGAAAGCCUUGAGUCCACUGAGCUGUGGGAUGAGGCUGAGGAACAGAUAUGGAGUUCGUCUUGUUAGACAGAGGCAGCUCAGUCCCAGUUGGCAUAGCUGUCUGCUUUCAUGCUGACACAGUCCUUUUAGAGUAAAGCCUCCACCAUCAGUCAGAGACAGGCCCUUCUCCCUCCUCUUUUCCUGUAUGAAUUCAGCACGAGCAGGAGUCUUCAUGGCUUCAUGUUAGCAAGAAAGAAGCAACCUUAACUGUAUGUGUCAGUCCUUGGAGACUCCUGUAGGUCCUUGUUAGCCUUAGGCUGAGCUUUACCCUUGUGUGUGUGUGUGUGUGUGUGUGUGUGUGUGUGUGUGUGUGUGUGUGGUGUGUAGAUUAGUAAAAGUUUCUGAAUAACUGGUAGUUGGCAUCAAGAGUUGAAACAUGCUCAUAGGUUUAGUGAAAAAACAAAAAAAUAAAACCUCCAUUGAUGCUACAGCAA